UUUAAAUUUCUUAAGAAUAUGAACGUUUUUCCUAACCUCUAGUGCUACCUCUAUCGCGGUUGUAAUAGGAAGCACCCGCAGCGUCUGGUAAGUCCUCGGCGUCCGAUAACUGUGACUAAUUGUCCAUAGCUAUCGGCGAUGCGGGCCGGCCGUGGCGGGCGGUGGGAUAUCGAUCGGCACCACCUGUUCGCCGCGUGGGGGCGCACCUGCCCCAGCCCUCACAACAGUCCGCGGCGCCGCCUCGCGCGCACGCCGCACGCAGCACGCCGCACGCCGCACGGCACAGCACGAGCACGCGCGGGGGGAGCUGACCGUCGCGACGUCACGCCGGCCGCGCCGAUCGAUCGCCGCCGUCCACCGUCGCCACUCGCCGUCCGCACCACUCCGCAUCCCACGCUCACCACACGAAUAACGCCUACGACUUACAGAAUAAAAGCUGCUGAUUCACUACUGAGUCAUUCGCGAUCGCACCAGGCAUGUAGUUCAGCAUGCAUAUAACAUCGGGACUGUCGCCGGCGUCGGGCGAGAUGCUGGACACGUCGCUGCUGGGCCUGUGCGGGGCGGGCGAGCAGUGCGGCGCCGCCUACUUCACCGUGGACAGCGCCGUACCCGAAUCCUCGCACACCGUCGAAAUAGAGUACGUGUACGAGCAGCCGGAACCAGAAACAUAUUUACCGGGCGGCGAUCAGGUGGCAUCGAGCGAUGACUUGCCGCCGAUCGUCACGGACCUUUCGCCGCCGGAGAUUCCUAGGAAGAAAACAAUGAAGCACAAGCCCGAAAGGCCCUUGGUCGAUGAUCAGGAGACGGAUCUGACCAACUUGAACUGGCUGCAGAACAUUACCAACAUAAUGGGCCCGCCGCAGAUCCCGCUGCUGCCGAUAUCGCCCAACCCGCAAGCGAAGGCGCCGCCGCAGAACACGCGACUUCAAAAGUUCAACCAGACGAUCGCUAAGUGCCAGGAGGAUUUUAUGAUGAAUAAGUCGGAGUACCAGAGGAACAGCGAGAAGAAGCCGCCCUACUCCUACAACACGCUCAUCUGCAUGGCCAUGCGGUACAAUAACGAUAAAAUGACGCUCUCCGCGAUAUACUCGUGGAUAAAGGACAACUUUAAGUACUACCGGAGCGCGGACCCCGCGUGGCAGAAUUCAAUUCGACACAACUUAUCCUUGAACAAAGUGUUCGUGAAGGUGGCGAGAUCUAAACACGAGCCGGGCAAAGGCGGCUUUUGGAAACUUGAUCUCGCGCACUUGGAAGGAACGAAGAGGAUCUCCUGCAGAACGCACAAGAAGAAGAAAAAACCAGUACUGGCAACGAAACCAAACGAAGAUUCAAUCGCUGUUGCAAAUAUACUGCAGAUUCAAGACGUUAAUGAAGCUAUGAGUGAGUUGCCCGUUACGUUACAUUUACCCGAAUUCACCCUCGACAUACAAACUCUUCCUGAACUGGAGGUUGAGACGAAUAUUGGAGCGAAUGUGAUAGUGGAACCCAUUGCUCCCCCGCCUCCCCUUAUCUCGGAUCCCGAACCAGACGAUCUCAGUUCUUUACUUUUGAAUCCAACGGAAUGGAAUGACUUGCAACUCGAUAUGCUUGACAAUUAUUUGGAUUCUUGUUUCAAGUAAGUCUUGUCUAAUUAUAUGUAAGUUUUACUUUAUGUAACGAAGUAUUUUAAGUGUUAUAUUUUAGAUUUAAAUUAUGUUUAAUUUUUCGCCUAACAGUUAUCAAUAUUUCUAGUACAAUUUACAUGCCUGACACAAUGUAAGCCUUGUACAUUCCGAUCAUUACAAUAUUAAAAUUAACGGGAGUUUUUUAUACAUAAUUAUUGGCAGCGUAUAAAUAAUAGUAUCAUAAUUUAAAAAAUGUGCUACUAUACAUGAGUUUUUGACAGUUUUGCUCAAAACAGCUCAAAUUAUAACCAAUGUAAAGUAUUGAAAAUUAUUUAUUGAAAUAGAUCUGUGGCUCAAACUAUUAAAAUUCGUGGAAUAAAAGAUAGAAUUUAGUUAUUAGUUUACUUAUGAUAUAUUUAAAUUACUUUAUUUACAAAUUGAAAU